AUGGUUGCGUCUGGCGCGCGUCUACAGUGGGUGAUGAGCGGGAAGCAGAAAAAGCAGUUCAGCAAGAAGGAGGAGGAAGAGGAGGAGGAAGAGGAGGAAGACGAGGAGCUGCUGGACGAGGAAGAGGAGUCGAAGGACGGCCGCAGCGGCGAGGACGAUGAGGAGGACGGCGAACACGUGAAGGGCGCGGAAAAGGCCCGGAGGCGCAACAGCAGCGAGGAAGAUGAGGAGGCGAGUGACGACGACGCCGCAGCCGCCACGAAGGCAAAGGGCAAAAUGCGGACGGAAGAGAAGGAAGAAAAUUUGCCGCCACGCAAGGCAGCCGUGCGGGAGAUCCAACUGCUGCUUCCCGGCCACGGCCCAGAAAAAAGCGUCGUGAGCGUCCGUCUCUCCGCCGAGGCGCCUAUGCACCCUGCGAAAAAGAGGCGGCUGCAUGGGGGGCAUGGCGGCGACGAGGAGGAGGAGGAGGAGGAAGAUGAAGCUGAAGGGCGAGAGGAGGAAGAGGAACACGGUAAAGAGCAGCGCAGCCAGCAUUUGUCUCCGCCGUGGCUGCCGCAUCUGCUUAGCGAUGACGUCUUCCACUGGGAACGCACGUUGCAGCUUAUGUAUGGCUACGCCGCACUCCCAGCCUCACCGCCGUUUGCUGACGAGAAAAAUGGGCGCAGCCAGCAAGAUGCGCCAAUGACCCGGCAGCACACUGGCUUAGUUGAGGAAGAGGAAGAGGAGGAGGAAGAGGAAGGGGUGGAUGGGGAAGAAGACGAGGACGAAAAUAAGCCGGAUAUGACGAAAAAUACAGAGAGGGAGAAAACAGAGGCGACGGUGGGAACCAACACGCGGGUAUCUAUUGUUACCGACGCCUUUGCCGAGGGGUUUCCGAAUUCCGAGUCACGCUCCACCGCCAGCGAGGCUUUCCUCUCGGUGAAGGAGGUGGAUGCUUUAGGCAGCGCGUCUACGCGCCCUUCCAGAGCAAGCUUCUCGGUGCGGCCGGUGGCGUCUUUGCCGCGGACGGUGCUGCGUUUUACCGAAGCGCAUCGUGUCUUCUUUUUGGUGCGUUCUGUGGAUAGAAAGCAGUGGUAUCUGCUGGACACGCUUCCCCAAGAGCCGCAGCAGAGGCUCCGGAGCGGCAUCAGCGGUGCCGGGGGCGUGUCAGCAACAAGGGGUGGCACGAAAUCGAGGGUAACUGCUGAGGGCUCCGAGGAGGAGGAGGAGGAGGAGGAAGAAGAAGAGGAGGAAGAGGAGGAGGAAGAAGCGGAGGAAAAGGAAGGGAAGCAAGAUGUAACGAUGGAACUUGACGAACAGCAGGAGGGAGAAGAGGAGGGGGAGGAUAAAGCGGAAGACGACGAGGAGGGAGUGCCAGGUGCGCGGCGCUUGGACAUGGAUUCCGUUAUUUGCAUUGACGCGCUGAUGCUUGCCGCUCUACAAAGUCCCACUGCGCUGCGCUGCUGCCUCUUACAGCGGGAACCCGUUUCACUCACCUGUGUGGAGCGCUGGCUACGCAUGGACCUUUCUGCCGCGAUGCCAAUAUUCACCAGAAUUCACCGUAUGAUGUUAUCUGUAUAUGCAACAGGGGCUGCACGUCUGCCGUAUGAACUGCCCGGUGCCGCGAUGGACUUUAACCUCUUCUUCACGGCGUCAUACAUCAAUAACCGCCUCCCCACCUACCCAAGGAUGCAGAUUAAUACCUCACAAGUGGAGCAGCGGAGCAAGCAGGACAAGGAAGAUGCUUCCUUUGCGGGGGAACGGAGAUGCAUUGAAACCAUGGAAGCAUUGCUGAAGGUGCGCACUUUGCCGACUAGGCGUAUCCUUGUCAGCCACUUAGGCUCUGUAGUUGGAAUCCGACUCAUCUUGUGGCUUCUUCUGGAGAUACCAAAGCCACUUCUUCUUUCAUGGGCAUCUGGCUCUGCAGGUGAGUAUGCUGUGUUGAGCAGUCACCUCAAUCAUGCUGGUAGAGGGGGACUUGAUGCGAAGUAUGACGACGGCGACGAAGAAGAGGAGGAAGAGGAAGAGGAGGAGGCGGAGGAAGGGAGCUCAAAAAAAAGUAUGCCGGCGAAGCUGCCGCAAUUGCCGCAUUCCUGCGGCGUACGCAGCAGGAGGAUGGUCCUAGGUUUGCCAUUUCUCCCUUCCUACUCGCAGUUGUGGUUGAGAUACGCCGACGCCUUCAACGUGAUGCAAAAGGGAAUGCCCCAUCCGAGUUUACACUCAUGGAGUGUAUUGGGCCUGCCCUGCUGCAGCGUGUGGAGGAUGGUAAGCCCCGAAAAGACCCGCUGGUGGUGUCAUCCUUCUCACUUCUCCCGGAAACAGGCGCAGGGGCCGGUGAAGUGUCGCCAACGCAGCCUCGGACGCAGCAACUGUACCAAAGUGAUCUUGUCAUGCUUCUACUCGUCUUGA